AAUCGAUCCUGUCUCUAAUGAUGCAGGCAGAGGAUAGGAAGAAAAUAAAACUGAGUGUGAGUUCCAGCAAAGGCGUGGCGGAGGAAUAUUGUCUAAGAGUGAGUAGGCCUGGACCGACCGCACCCGAGCUCUUGAGCAUAUCCUAACCCCAUACCGAAGCCUGAUACAGUGGGGGAAAAAAGUAUUUAGUCAGCCACCAAUUGUGCAAGUUCUCCCACUUAAAAAGAUAAGAGGCCUGUAAUUUUCAUCAUAGGUACACGUCAACUAUGACAGACAAAUUGAGAAAAGAAUAUCCAGAAAAUCACAUUGUAGGAUUUUUUAUGAAUUUAUUUGCAAAUUAUGGUGGAAAAUAAGUAUUUGGUCACCUACAAACAAGCAAGAUUUCUGGCUCUCACAGACCUGUAACUUCUUCUUUAAGAGGCUCCUCUGUCCUCCACUCGUUACCUGUAUUAAUGGCACCUGUUUGAACUUGUUAUCAGUAUAAAAGACACCUGUCCACAACCUCAAACAGUCACACUCCAAACUCCACUAUGGCCAAGACCAAAGAGCUGUCAAAGGACACCAGAAACAAAAUUGCAGACCUGCACCAGGCUGGGAAGACUGAAUCUGCAAUAGGUAAGCAGCUUGGUUUGAAGAAAUCAACUGUGGGAGCAAUUAUUAGGAAAUAUAACUUUUUGGUAAAAACUCAACUCGUCGUGUUUGGAGGACAAAGAAUGCUGAGUUGCAUCCAAAGAACACCAUACCUACUGUGAAGCAUGGGGGUGGAAACAUCAUGCUUUGGGGCUGUUUUCUGCAAAGGGACCAGGACGACUGAUCCGUGUAAAGGAAAGAAUGAAUGGGGCCAUGUAUCGUGAGAUUUUGAGUGAAAACCUCCUUCCAUCAGCAAGGGCAUUGAAGACUUACAGAAAAUGUUUGACCUGUGUCAUUGCCAACAAAGGGUAUAUAACAAAGUAUUGAGCAACUUUUGUUAUUGACCAAAUACUUAUUUUCCACCAUAAUUUGCAAAUAAAUUCAUAAAAAAUCCUACAAUGGGAUUUUCUGGAUUUUUUUUUUCUCAUUUUGUCUGUCAUAGUUGACGUGUACCUAUGAUGAAAAUUACAGGCCUCUCUCAUCUUUUAAGUGGGAGAACUUGCACAAUUGGUGGCUGACUAAAUACUUUUUUCCCCCACUGUAUAUUGACACAUAUUUACAAUACAUAUAUGAAAUAUAUAUGUACUAAUAUUUGAAAUAAAUAUAUCUAAAUACAUUUAUUACUCAUAUGUCACAGAUAUUUCAUAAAUAUAUUUGAUUUUGUCCGUUUCUAAAUAUGUUUUAAUAUUUUUGACAUAUCUAAAUAUAUUUAAUUGUCUUAUCCAUAUGUGGUAGUAUGCAUUUUACAAACAUGUGCUAUUCAUAUAUUUUAUAUGUAUUUGUUGAAAAUGUAUUUCACAGUAUGCAUAAUUAUUUAUAGUCAAUAUCUAUAUAUGAAUAAUACAUUUUUUAUAUAUGAGUAAUACAUAGUUCAUAAUAUAUGGUUAUAUGUUCCAGAAAUGUAAUUAAAUGCAUGUCAAAUGCAAUAGAAAAAAGGCACACAACACAAACAAUUAAGACUAGAAAAUGUAUUGUUUCCCUUUGUGAGCUCCGAAAGUCACUGUAAGGUUGCAUCUGAAAAACUAAAUAUAAUGUACAAAUUACCUCUGUGCACUUAUUAUCUGUAUUUGAAAAUAAGGUCUUUAAACACGUUAACAGUUACACUGAGGCUAAUGCGACAGAGUCAGUGGAAAAACAAUCCACACAGGGUGAAGAAUUCUUACCUUCGUCAGUCACACUGCAUGUUAUUGUGGCACGCUAAAGGAGCUAACGUUAGCUAGCUAACUAGCUGUGUUAGCUAUCUUGGUGAAAACUCUUGCUUUCUAGGCAGUUAAAUAAAAUAUCUUCAUCUGUCACCCACCAGGUAAAAAACAUAUUUUAAAUCAAUGUUAUGAUUAUAUAAUCAAAUAAAAUGCCAUUAUCCAUGAGGAAGAUUUUUGCCAGCUGCUCUUCUCAUCCUCAGCUGCUCUUCUCCUCAUCUGAAGAAAAUUCAAAAUUGCAGCGGCUGCUCUGUCAGUUGGAGGCGAGGAUGGGGGGCGACCCGGGAGCAUUUCAAAUUGUGAUUGACAUCUCGGGAGAAAUAUGUUCUAAAUUCAUGUCUCUUUUUGAAAUAAACAUAGCUAAUCUUAUAAGUGGCAAUAGCUGCAUAAUUUAUUUUAACUUUUGCAUGCAAACCCCACUCUUUGAACCUAAUGCCAAGGUACAAGAGGUCAAUAUACUCAACAUUACAAUUCAGCAUAAUAUAGUGCAUUCGGAAUGUAUUCAGACCCCUUGACUUUUUCCACAUUUUGUUACAUUACAACAUUCUAAAAUGGAUUCAAUUUUUUUUCCCUCAAUCUACACACAAUACCCCAUAAUGACAAAGCAAAAACAGGUUUCUACAUUUUUUGCAAAAAAAAUGAAAUCACUUUUACGUAAGUAUUCAGUGAAGAGGACACUCCGGGAUGUUGACCUUCUAGGCAGAGCUGCAAAGAAAAAGCCAUAUCUCAGACUGCCCAUCUUAAUCUUUUAUUUUUAUUGGCCAGUCUGAGAUAUGGCUUUUUCUUUGCAACUCUGCCUAGAAGGUCAGCAUCCCGGAGUCGCCUCUUCACUGUUGAUGUUGAGACUGGUGUUUUGCGGGUACUAUUUAAUGAAGCUGGCAGUUGAGGACCUGUGAGGCGUCUGUCUCUCAAACUAGACAUGUAUUUGUCCUCCUGCUCAGUUGUGCACUGGGGCCUCCCACUCCUCUUUCUAUUCUGGUUAGAUCCAGUUUGCGCUGUUCUGUGAAGGGAGUAGUACACAGCGUUGUACGAGAUCUUCAGUUUCUUCGCAAUUUCUCGCAUGGAAUAGCCUUCAUUUCUCAGAACAAGAAUAGACUGAUGAGUUUCAGAAGAAAGUUCUUUGUUUCUGGCCAUUUUGAGCCUGUAAUCAAACCCACAAUUGCUGAUGCUCCAGAUACUCAACUAGUCUCAAGAAGGCCAGUUUUAUUGCUGCUUUAAUCAGCACAACAGUUUUCAGCUGUGCUAACAUAAUUGCAAAAUGGAUUUCUAAUGAUCAAUUAGCCGUUUAAAAUGAUAAACUUGGAUUAGCAAACGCAACGUGCCAUUGGAACACAGGACUGAUGGUUGCUGAUAAUGGGCCUCUGUACGCCUAUGUAGAUAUUCCAUUAAAAAUCUGUAGUUUCCAGCUACACUAGCCAUUUACAAUAUUAACAAUGUCUACACUGUAUUUCUGAUCAAUUUGAUGUUAUUUUAAUGGACAAAAAAAUUGCUUUUCUUUCGAAAACAAGGACAUUUCUAAGUGACCCCAAACUUUUGAACGGUAGUGUAUAUACUGUAUAAAUCACAGGACAAUCAUGUUUUUGACUGCACUGGGCCUUUAAGUAAAGUGUUUCUCAAGUUCUUAAAUCUUAAUUUUCCCAGUUUCUCACAGCAGGAAAAUAAUCCUGCAGCAACAGGACAUUAUUAUGUAGAUUAUAAUGAAUGGACAUUGUUGUAUGGGUUGAUAAAAAAAAAAAUGUGUUGGGGUAAAUCAAUUCUCACAUUUUAAAGUGGAAAUGACUAACUUUGAAGCCCUUUAAACCUUGAAUACACAACAAUUUGCAUUUCCUGCUGUGCAGGAAAAUUCUCGGAGACAACAGUGACCAAAUUUAAGAUCCUAUACCUGUAGCAACUGUUUCAUUUCAGGAGCGACCAAAAGAGGACGCAGCAAAAAUGAAGAACAAAGUGACCAGCGCUCAAGGUAAACUCUGGAAAUGCUACUAAUCACAACAAUCAGAUCAUAACUGAAUACUAAAGUACUACUGGUAAUUGAUAUGAAUGCACAGAGUAUGUUUUUUAAAGUGAUAUCAAAUGAUAAUGGCUGACAAAUGCUAUGUACUGUAGAGUACUGACCAAAUAUUUACACACAGGGAUUCUCCAUUGAGCAAGCUUUUUAGACUAGGACUAGGCUUAAUGUGUGUCCGGGAAUCUGGCUCGUGGUGUCAUAAGAAGAGAUGUAACUCAGAUGAUUAUGGUGUGGUGUGGCAGCAGUGAGCGGUAAGAGGAAGGCCUGGUCGUGGGAUCAGUACCUGGGAGAGGAGAAGGCCAUAGCAGUUCCCCUCAGACUGUUCACUGAGGUAAGCAUCACCUUCAUCAACCAGUAGGUCUGUCUACUACUAUAGCCUGACUUGAGAGUCCUAUACAUUACAAUGAAAAAUGUUGCUAAAGAAAAUGAAAACAAAUGUUCAGGUAGUCCCUCCAUGUUUGUCUGUUUUCAGUCCGAGAUGUAAUUUACUGAACUAGAAUACAGGCCAAUAAAGCUAUGAUUUGCAUUUAAAGGCCAUAAGCCAACUGCGUGACGUUAAACAUGGUCUGUUGAUUUAAAAGGAAGGAAGGAUGUUGGGGACUUUGAACUACAGUACAUAGUUUACGGUACUAUGCAAAGCUACACUAUAUAUACAAAAGUAUGUGGACACCCCUUCAAAUUAGUAUAUUUGGCUAUUUCAUCCACGCCCAUUGCUGACAGGUGUAUAAAAUCGAGCACGCAGCCAUGCAAUCUCCAUAGACAAACAUUGGCAGUAGAAUGACCUUACUGAAGACCUCAGUGACUUUCAAUGUGGCAUCGUCAUAGGAUGCCACCUUUCCAACAAGUCAGUUUGUGAAAUUUCUGCCCUGCUAGAGCUGCCCCGGUCAACUGUAAGUGCUGUUAAUGUGAAGUGGAACGUCUAGGAGCAACAACGGCUCACAACAACCCUGCACAAGCUCACAGAAUCGUCUGUCCUCGGUUGCAACACUCACUACCGAGUUCCAAACUGCCUCUGGAAGCAACGUCAGCACAAUAACUGUUCGUCGGGAGCUUCAUGAAAUGGGUUUCCGUGGCCGACAAGCCGCACAUAAGGCUUUACAUUUUUAUUUGCACUUUUACCCCUUUUUUCUCCCCAAUUCUGUGAUAUCCAAUUGGUAGUUGGGCUUGUCCCAUCGCUGCAACUCCCCUAGCGUUUUCCUGGCAUCCGCCAAACCCAGAUUCGUCUGUCGGACUGCCAGAUGGUGAAGCGUUUCCACUGCUCCAGAGACCAAUUGCGGCAAGCUUUACACCACUGCAGCCGAAGCUUGGUAUUGCGCAUGUUGAACUUAGGCUUGAGUGCUAGGCCUCCCGAGUGGCGCAUCGGUCUAAAAGCCAUCCCAGAAGAGUGGAGGCUGUUAUAGCAGCAAAGGGGGGACAAACUGGAAUGAGAUGUUUGAUGAGGUGUCUACAUACUUUUGGUCAUGUAGUGUAUCUUCUCCAAGUGAUUUAAUGUGAAUUUAUUUUAUGUAUUUUUUUAGUACAAAGCAAAUUGCAACCAAUUGUCCUUGAUGAAAUAGGGAAAGUAUCUCAGUAGCUGGAGUUGUAGAUCACACAGACAGAUUUCAAAUGAGAGGAGGAGGAGCUAAAAUCACAGAUCCUCCCCUUUCCUACUGCUUUUCUGCAGGACUGAUUUCUAAUGGGCCGACGGGGGCCUGCAAAACAGAUGACAACCCCACUGUGUGCGUGUGAUGGACACCAGGAUGUCCCCAUUGUUUCUAAUGACUGUCCAUUUGAGGACGGUCACAGCACAACUAUUAGACCCGCAGUGUAGAUUAAUCAAGGUUUUGAGACUUACCCCCCCCCCCCCCCCCCCCCCCGGCGUAUUAAUUUUUCUAUGAAGGGAUUUGACAGGACAUCUGUUCCGUUGGAGGCACAAACACCCAUUUCCACGGCAACUGCGCUGCCGAGACACACUUGAGCGUGGCGGUCCAGCAGCCAUGAAAAUGCAAACACAAUAAUGUUAUGUUUCCUAGUAAAUGUAUAGGUUUGGGUUUUCUACAGAGGAUAUCUUUUUCUUAAAUCAACAUUUGGGUUUAUUCUCCUGCUUUCCUGUUGGUCGCUUCGUUCUUUCCUUGUUCUCUGUUCUUCACACUCUGUCCUUCAUUGUCUCCAUCACACGCUCUCUCGCUCCCUUCCUCUCAUGUACUUUUCUCUCUGUAUGUCCUUUGCUGUCUCCCUCACGCUUUCUCACUCUUACGCUCUCCUUCCUCUCCCCAACUCUUGUCUCACUUUAUCUUCGUCUCUCUCUCCCUCCAUUCCAGGCCCAGUCAUUCCCCCCCAGCAGAAGUGGCUUCAAGGCUGGGAUGAGGCUGGAGGGGAUCGACCCUCUCCACCCAUCCAUGUUCUGCGUCCUGUCUGUGGCAGAGGUGAGCUCCAGACCAGCCUCAACCCAGUAUGAUGGGCAUGUCUCACACUUUAACUGGGUCUGUGAUUGAAGUCCAGGCAGCGUUGUUGUGGGUGGAGGAAAUUCUCAUCCUUAACUGUUACUGACAACGGCCUUGGUAGUUUUGUGUUGUCAAUUUGCUUUUGAUGCCAUCCCUUUUUGUGUUAAAAUUGUCACGAGUCAAGACCUAAGCACUUUGAAUGUGCGUAUCACAUCGACCACUUUCCAAAUGUACAAGAUUGACAUUAGCUGUCGCUGUUGUAUUUCCAUCAGCAAAAAUCGAAUUGUAUGGAAAGUCUCUUUAUAAUUCACAGUGGAACAGAAACCAACUGUUAAGCGCAAGGCCCUGCAAGUAGCCUACUGCAAUAGUCAUGGGAUGAUGGAGGGGAAUGACGUAAUGCCGUGAUGUUUGGGAUAGGGACCGCAUGCACAUUCAUACAUAAACUGCAUUUUGUUUUUCAAAGGUGAUUGGCUACCGAUUGCGUCUCCACAUCGACGGCUACUCUGAAUGCUAUGACUUCUGGGUAAACGCCGACUCUGCCGACAUCAGGCCAGCCGGAUGGUGUGAGUCGACAGGACACAAGCUCCACCCACCAAAAGGUGAUCUAAAGCAGAUCAACAUAAUGUUACCCUUUUCUCUUUUCACUGUGACUCGUGACAAUCGUGCUGACCCAAACCAAACUGCAGGCUUGGAUAUAUUAUUUUCACGUGGUCCUUGUCAACAUGAUUCAAGGCGAGCAACUAUGGUGGAUUCGUAGCCAGAACAGCUUGGUUCGUCUUAGCUCAGUUCGGCUCAGUAGUGUGAAAGGUCCCUUCAGCUGUUCACUUUUGUCUGUUUGAUAUAAUGGUAUUGCUUCUGUGUAAGAGCUUGUGCGUGUUUAAUCCUAACGGAAUAGGCUUCAGCACAUAACAGGAGAAUGGUCUUUAAACUAUGCAUUGUUGAUUUUUCUUACAAGGGCCUCAUGUCAUUUCCACACCAUCAGCAUGUAUUGCUAAUACACGGCAGUCUGUUGCGAAUAAUGUAAUGUACCUGGCACAGCAAUAUUUUCCACAACCCCAAUCACAUUUGUUUUCUCUCUCCUUUCUUUUCUUUCUCUCUCCUUUCUUUCUCCCCCCUUCCUAUUUCUCUGCACUAUUUUUUUUUUUUUUUCAGGCUACAACGAAGUCGAGUUUAACUGGGAGAAAUACCAAGAGUCUUGCAAUGCUCCAGCUGCACCACAGAAUCUGUUUAAAUCCCAUAACAGUGUAAGUGCUUGGUCGGGGUGCGGGAGUCAACAGAAGCUUAGUGCUACUUUCUUCUGUAAGGACGCCUGGGGCCAAAAGCUGACCUUCAUUCACACAACAGAACAGAACAAUGUGUCCCAGUGGCUGUUGUAAAGCUCCCUCCACACUGUGUCAGAGAAACACUGCUUUACUUCCUGUAGUUUUUUACAGUGACAAAAGCUCAAAUACAGAUUGACUGAGAGGUACUGUAUGACUUUAAUGAAGGGAAUUGAUUGACGUAUAGGACGAUAUAUUUUUGAGUUGCACCCCCAGACCAGCCUGAAUUCGUUGGGGCAUGAACUCUACGAGGUGUCGAAAGCGUUCCACACGGAUGCUGGCCCGUGUUGACUCCAAUGCUUCCCCACAGUUGUGUCAAGUUGGCUGGAUGUCCUUUGGGUGGUGGACCAUUCUUGUUACACAUGUGAAACUGUUGAGUGUGAAAAACCCAACAGCGUUGCAGUUCUUGACACCAACCGGUGCGCCUGGCACCUACUACCAUGCCCCGUUCAAAGGCACUUAAAUAUUUUGUCUUGCCCAUUCACCCUCCGAAUGGCACACGUACACAAUCCAUGUCUCAAUUGUCUCAAGGCUUAAAAAUCCUUCUUUAACCUGUCUCCUCCCCUUCAUCUACACUGAUUGAAGUGGAUUUAACAAGUGACUCUCAAGCUUUUAGGGCAGAAUCAGUGUAUGCUAUUUGAAUAUUUACUCAAACCCUCCAUUGACAUGAAUGCAUGAUUUCCACUUAGUCAAAGAAUUGAGCCCCUACUGAUGUGUGUCCACAGACCACGAGCACUACUAAGUUUCAGGUGGGCAUGAAACUGGAGGCAGUGGACAGGAAGAACCCAUGCCUGGUGUGUGUGGCCUCAGUGGCCGACAUCGUGGACAAUCGCUUCCUGGUUCACUUCGACAACUGGGACGACACCUACGAUUACUGGUGAGACACCCAUCAUUCAGUUCAAACUGUUUUCCAUUCUUUUGAAAUGAGCUUUUUUGUAAGUUGAUGAGAAAUUGGAAAAUAAAAUGUCCACACUGUGUGUUUAUGUGUGCGGGGGGAAAAACUUCAACAGAACUCAUUCUGUUUCCUCAGUUUGAAACGUGCUUUUGUAUGUUUGCUUCCUGGUUUCUACCUUGACUGUUAAAUGAAGUCCGUUGUGGAAAUCAAACCUGAGUUUGAGAAGGUGUUUUCAUCAAGUUCUAGCCAGAUGAGAUAUGCGUUCAACAUUUGUUUCCUGAUUGUUUAGUGUCAGUAAUUGAUAUAUUACACCUUAGUGUUGUUUUGAAACUGAUGUUCUAUUGUGUGUGUGUGUGUAUAUAUGUAUGUGUAUAUAUAUAUAUACACACUGAGUGUACAAAACAUUAAGAACACCUUCCUAAUAUUGUGUUGCACCCAGUCAGUCUGUCAUGGAAAGAGCAUGGAAUGUUUUGUACACUCAGUGCAUAUAGGUUUGUUACAUAUAGAGUGAUGUAUAGAACAACAGUAAAGAGUGUGUGCAUGCGUGCGGGUGUGCACGUGUGUGUGCAUGAUCUUCGUGUGUGUACAUGUAUGAUCUUCAAUUCCAGUACUGUCAUCAGUGAAUCGGUGACGAUUUACCUGCUUAUUGCGAAGAGGAGUUUGAUUACAUAGCAUGUGACUCAUGACCCAAUUCAUCCAGUGAAAAGCCUGACGUGGGAGAAAAACAGAAGCUGUGUAAUUAGAUAAGAUGUAAUUGUUGAAGAGGAGAACUGACAGUCUUCUCUGUUUUGUUCUCAGAGCUGCCUGGCUGAGACAUUUUGCAGCGGGUAUUUUAUUUGUCCUUUUUCUUCCUUUUUCAUGUCUCAUACUGAGACUUUCCAAGAGGAGAAGCUCCUAUCCUCCUUACUACUUACAAAGACAUGCAGAAAUCAUGGGUCGCCACAGCUCAUUGCAGUCACACGCACACAAUCAACAUGUACACCUACACUCUGUUUAACGUACACACAGGCACAACACGCUUGCAUGCUCACACUUUCACACACACACACACACCUCGCACACAGAUUCACUCGCAGCCACUCCACUACGCUCACCAGAGAGCAUGUACGGGACAGCAAUCAGGGAAUCCUUCACUUCACGUAACCCCAUGAUUGGCUAAUCACACACGUUCACAAAAAACACAUAUACAUACACACACACACCCCUCGCACACAGAUUCACUCUCUCAGCCACUCUGCUAUGCUCACCAGAGAGCAUGUACGGGACAGCAAUCAGGGAAUCCUUCACUUCACGUAACCCCAUGAUUGGCUAAUCACACACGUUCACAAAAAACACAUAUACAUACACACACACCCCUCUCACACAGAUUCACUCUCUCAGCCACUCUGCUAUGCUCACCAAAGUGCAUUUGUGGGAUUUUUUGUCAACUUAUUGGGCCCAAGGGACAGCAAUCAGGCAAGCCUUCACUCUGUACACCUCAUGAUUGGCUAUUUUCAUAUUUAAAUUUUUAUUUAUUGACUUUUUACCCCUUUUUCUCCCCAAAUUCGUGAUAUCCAAUUGGUAGUUACAGUCUUGUCCCAUCGCUGCAACUCCCAUACGGACUCGGGAGAGGCGAAGGUCGAGAGCCAUGCGUCCUCGAAACACGACCCUGACAAGCCGCACUGCUUCUUGACACUGCUCGCUUAACCCGGUAGCCAGCCGCACCAAUGUGUCGGAGGAAACACUGUACAACUAGCGACCGUGUCAGCGUGCAUGCUCCCGGCCCGCCACAGGAGUCGCUAGAGCGCGAUGGGAAAAGGACAUCUCGGCCGGCCAAACCCUCCCCUAACCCGGACGAUGCUGGGCCAAUUGUGCGUCGCCUCAUGGGUCUCCCGGUCGCAGCCGGCUGCGACAUAGCCCGUGAUCAAACCCGGAACACCCACUCAUUUUUAGCAUACAAAUUUCAGCAACAAGCUGGUCGCGUGGUUCCAAAUGUUGAAAAUGUACAAACAUCUCCUGGAUUAACCAUUAAUUCAAAAGAUUAGAAAUAGCAUUUUGAACAUGGCGGUUGUUGGUUGGGUGAGGUGUUGCAUUUCCAAUUUCUGUUAGCUAGCUAAGUUACCAGACACAGCCCUAAAAUAAACCAUGAAAUCUGUUAGCAAACACAUAAUGGCACUCAAUAGCACUGUCACAGGUGCAUCUGACCAAAUUUCGUGAGAUAUUACCUCUGGGUUAACCGAGACAAGUCACUUCAGAACAGACCCAGGGUCUGUUUCUGUGGCGGUAGAAACGCUAAGGCUCAUGGUUAGUCGUUUUUUGGUGCUCUUUAAUUCUUCAAAGUCUAAGCCGUUGGGGUGGUGGGUUUCUAUGCUGACACAUGGACUGUUUUUAAGGUCAUACUAUGGAUCAUUUAGCUAUUUGAUUUGGAAUUUUAUGACCCCUUUAGGUAUAAAUAAAUAUAGAAAAUAUUGAAUUGAGCUUUUACUACUAUAGCCCAGAGAAAUGCAUUGAAUAACACAUUCAUAAAUGGCAAAAAAGCCAGUCAAAAAAUGAAUCGUAAGAAACACGGUUUUGAAGUGUUUGUCCUGUAUCUAGGAGAUAUAAGAAAACUCUGGAAAUAUAUCUAUAUAUUUUUUGGUACACACAUUUAACCCCCUUUUUGGGUAGGCACAAAACUACCUUCAUACUUCCAUAACAAAAUGUAAACCGGUACCGGUUACCUUCAGACACGUCCAGUGACACUUGUUGGGGUCAUAGAGCAAAACGUGAGAGCCUCCCCUUUCCAUAGAGUGGUCAUAAUAGAUUUUAGGUCAAACCGUUCGGACGAGGGGUGGGGUGACCAUGUUUUAAAACAGGAUGAUUUAGCGGGACAGUGUAGCCACUGAGAUGCAGUGCCUUCGACCACUGCGCCACUCGGGAGCCCAUGACAAGAGCUGGAACAAAGAUUAUGGAUAUACUGACAAGAUGCAGGUUUCUCCGCCCUAACAAUGCUUCAGACGGCUUUGUGGGUCAGCUAAUACAGGGCUAGUAAAGGCCAAGUGCACUACUUUUUUGUGAGGAACUUUUUUUUUUUUUACCAAAAAAAACCCCUGAUUUUUCAGAGGGUGCUGCUCCUCAGCACCCCUACUUCCUGCGGCUAUGACUGCUCUAGCUUUACCACCUUUCACCACCGACAUCGGCGGAUGCGGUGGAUUGAGACGCAUCCAAUGCAAAAAACAUAUCUAUAGCUUAAACUGACAGAUUUUGAUGGGGAUUUUAAAAAUAUGUUACUUACAUUGACGCACCGGUGCGUCAAUCGACUCUAGGGGGUUAAAACCAGGAACCAACUGUGAAAACAAGACUUCUCAACACAGGUUGAAACAAUCAUAACCGAUGGGCACUACAUCAACAUACAAAUUGUUUUGCAAUCUCUGGAGAAAAUAGAACGUCAAAGUUGCACAGUAACAUCGCUAUCGCUAAUUUUUAAUACCAACACGGGUUGCGUGGAUUGAGAAUCUAUUUCCAGAACCUCUCGUCAGAGCCCUAUUGCAAUAUUCUCCCGGUCACAAACCGGGUUUUGUAAAUGGAAAUUGCAUGUACAGGUUAUUGUAUUGUGCUACCCCAGGAGGAUUGAAAUCAAAUGAAAAUUGUACGUGUGUGUAUAGUUGAGGAAGUGUGUCUAUGUAGGAAGAUAAUGUACAGUAUGCUGUGGUUAAGUGUGUGUGUGUGGUUUAGUUUAUUAGGAUCCCCAUUAGCUACUGCACAUGCAGCAGCUACUCUUCCUGGGAUCCACAUAAAACGUACAAAUACAUGACAAAGUACAGAACACUAAUAGACAAGAACAAUAUAAGAUAUGACAUGAAAUUCAAAGUAAAUAAGAAAUAAAAUUAGAGUAAUUGUGUGUGUGUGUGUUUUAGGUGUGAUGCUAGCAGCCCUUACAUCCACCCAGUGGGCUGGUGCCAGGACCACGGACGACCUCUCACUGCACCUCAGGGUGAGUAGCUAGCCCAGUCGAUAAAAUACUGUAUAUAUGUGUUGUGUGUAAUUCACUUUGGAUGCUGUGUGGCUAAUGUCUGCCAAAAAGGCUACUUUAGUCAUUCCUUACUUUAGUCCCCAUAUUAGUAGUAAGAUGUGAACCUUUAUCAUAACUCUCUUAAUCUUCCACGUCAAUACUAGAGUAAUUCAUUUCAUUUCCCCUCUAAUAUUCUGGUAUUGUCCCCUUCCACUUCUACACCCUUAUUUAAAGCUAGAAUCCUUAGUUGCUACUUAAUUAUAUAUGCCCAUUGAUUCUUGAAGAAUUGUACUUAUAAAUGCCUUAGGAGCUUAGUUCAUCUGUCGUACCCCAACAGAACCAAAAAUAUGUAUGUUUGUGAACAAACACCGUAUAGCCUCAAAACAUGGUUAAAACUAUACAUUUGAUAUCAUGGAUGGUCAGUCCAUAGCUCUGUCUGAAUUUGAGCGGGGUUACGUUUCUCCAGCCCCAUCCCCUAGCUUUUUAGCGAAACAGGGGCAGGGAUCCGUUUUGGAAUACUGACUGUCCAAACAGCAAGUUACAAGUGACCAAAUCGGAUUUGUGUGUGUUCAGACAGCAGUCAUUUGCUGACAUGGCUAUGCUAGUUGUCAUAGUAACAACGGGUGUGUGCGCGGUGGUGUAGGCUGAUUGGUGGUGGUGCUUCCUAUCAUUCAGAAGUUAUGUAGUACGCUAAGGUGACAAUAAUGCCUGCCAUGGACAUUUCCCAGUUGCUUUGAAUGUUCAAAAUCAUAGUUUAAGAACCCUUUUAAAGCCUCAAAGGAUAAGAGGAUCCAACUUUCAAAACGAGUCCUUUUUGACUAGCCACAGCAGUCCACUAGCUAGCUAAGUAGCUGUUUAGCUUUCUAGCACAUUCACUAAUUUGUUUGUAAACAAUUAAGCUAGUUAGCUUCCACAUGUUCUUGUCAAAACUGUUAACAGAGUAGCUAGCAAGCAACAAGAUAUGCCAAAUAAGUGUAAAAACCACGAGGGCAAAUAAAUCAGAUUUGACCGUUAAGAUACAAGGCCAGGAUUCAGAUUUGUAUCUGAUUUCAAAUUACCUACGAAGGUGGUUUGAAAUGUGGCUUGAAAUAUCUGAUUCCAUGGGCUUUUUGGCUGUUCAGACUGCAGGAAAAAUAACAGAUUCUAAUCAGAUUUAUGCCAAAAAAUAGGAUUGAGUCACUUCAAACUGCCAAUGUGAACAAGGCUUAAGUUAUACAUUAUAUGUAUGACCCGUGCAUCAUCCUGAAAGGAAAAACGUAAUCACGGCUGUUCUUUAGUAAUACAGUACUGUAUGCCUUAAAUGCAUAAAAAAUCUAAACAUUAGUCAUUUACUUCACAAUUGUUGUUUUUGUUGAUAUACCAUGAUGGAACACUACAUUACAGCAUAGGAAAAAGGUUAUAACUUAGUAAUCGAAUGGUAACAAGUUGUAGUAAUAAUAAUAAUAUAAUAAUAUGCCAUUUAGCAGACGCUUUUAUCCAAAGCGACUUACAGUCAUGCGUGCAUACAUUUUUGUGUAUGGGUGGUCCCGGGGAUCGAACCCACUACCUUGGCGUUACAAGCGCCGUGCUCUACCAGCUGAGCUACAGAGGACCACAAUGUAAUGUUAAGUGCUAUCACAAUGAGUUAUAUUUUAAAGCAUUUUAAUUGACAUUCAAUACAAAAAAAAAGUGUAGAGAACUCCUAUAUUAUUUAUUUCACCUGUCAGCAUUCACCUCCACCUCCACUUCCUUUGCAGUUGAUGCUACUGUACAUAGGCUACAUACCCCCGAGCUCUGCUUUAAUCUCAUGGUUUGGAAUGGUUUGAUCCGUUGACAGCUUUGACAGACCAGCUUCAUAUUUUCAUAUUAUUCUCUUGACUUACGUAAAAUCAGCUCUCCUGUCAGUCUAGAUGCUGUCAAUCAUUUAAAAGGCUCUCAUCUGCAGUCAGCAGCUAGCUACGAUGAUAUGUUAAAAGUUGGAGGGGUUGUCAUGGUAAUGUUAAAUGGGACUAAGGUAUAGGAAGGUGUCUAAAAUGUCACUUUGUGUGUGGCUUUUAAUGUCUUAUUGUGUAAUUGCAAAGCGUAACGAACACGUACAGUAGCCCUCUCAUCUAUUGUGUUGUCAUGUUGGGCCACUCCAGGGCCCCAACACCCAGUCAUAAUUACGCUGUCUGACUCAAUGUAAUGGCACUUAAGCCUGGGUCGGGUUAUGGUAAUGUGGUAGGAAUUACCCACUGGGAGCUUUAAAGUGAACAAUUUCAACGGUAAUCAAACCCAUUGGUGGAGUUUCCUUUAUUAGCUAGAGGACUCCUGAUAUCUCCAGGAGUGAUGUGUAAGCUUUGUCUUUAUCUGUUGUCUAGUACUGUCUUUUUGCUUGCUAUGGCCAGCUACUUUAAGUGCUGCCUGUCUUCCCAGUAGCCUACUUGGUGUGUGUGAACUGCUGAAUGCUCAUAACUUGCAGAUGAUUGUUGACACAUCAACCAGGAUUCAGUCUCCCCUGGUUUCUCAGGGGCAGCUAUAAGCGGUGGUCUCGUCUCCGAAACAAAGACGGUUCUGCAGAGUUGUUCUGUGGAGUUCUUCGAGGAAGGAAAGAGAGGAAGGCUUCACACCACUCUCUCACUUGAGUGUUUUACCUAGUUAUUUUCAGAUUAUCUCAUUUUGCUCUUUUGUAGCUUUGGCAACUGUGUGUGUGUGUGUUUUCUAUACCUGUUCGCUCCUCUCCCUGUAGGCUUUACAGAUGCUCCCCACCCCUUGGCUGCAACUCUUCUAAUUUAUUGUACCCUGAGCGUACAACCCAUGUGGAAUUCCGGGUCUCUGGCAGCGUUUGGAACUGCCUAUCUGCGGUCAGCCUAUGCUGCCCUUCACUUCUUGGCCCUGACGGAGAUCUGGAUCACCCCAGAGAACACUGCUACUCCAGCUGCUCUCUCUUCAUCUGACUAUGUUUUCUCUCAUAGUCCGAGAGCAUCUGGUCGUUGCGGUGGCGGCACAGGGCUACUCAUUUCGCCUAACUGGAGAUGUUCUCUUUUCUCCCUCUCUCACCUGUCCAUCUCCUCAUUUGAAUUCCAUACUGUCACUUGACCACUCAAGCGUAACACUGUUCUCAUCGAUCACCCACCAGGUGCCCUUGGAGAGUUCCUCAAUGAGCUUGACAACUUAAUAAGCUAAUUUCCUGACGAUGGCUCACCGCUCUUCGUACUUGGCAAAUUUCAAGUUCCUGGAGUCUGCCUUCCAUUAAUUUCUUUCCAACUCUCUCUUUCUCCUCCUUACCUCUUUUGACCUCAAACUUUCCCAAUCCCCUCCAACUCACAAGUCAGGCAAUACACUUGACCUCAUCUUUAGUAGAGGCUGUUCCCCUACUAAUCUCACUGCAACCCCCCUCUAGGUCUCUGACUUCGUUUCCUUUUCUAACUCCCUCUCCUCCAACCCUAGCCACUCAGCCCCUACCCAGAUGGUCAUGCGCCAUCGCAAUCUUCGCUCUCUCUCUCUCCCACUACUCUCUCCUCUUCUAUCCUAUCAUCUCUCCCUUCUGAUUAUUCCUCUUAGUCCGUACUCUCCUCCCUUUCCGCAUUCUAUGUCUCGGGCCUUCCCCUCCUGCUCCGUGGCAGAGUGACUCAUUGCAAGCUUCCAGAACAGGGCUGUGGGCAGCUGAGUGAAAAUGGAGGAAAACUAAACUUCCGGAGGACCGAUCAUCCUUCACUUCCUCCUCUCUACCUUCUCUUCCUCUGUAUCUGCUGCUAAAGCCACUUUAUAUCACUCUAAAUUUCAAGCUUCUGCCUCUAGCCCUACGAAACUCUCCACCUUCUCCUCCCUCCUAAAUCCUCCACCCCUUCCCCUUCCCUCCUCCCUCUCUGCGGACGACUUUGUCAACCACUUUGAAAAGAAGGUUGACGACAUCCUGUUCCUCAUUCACUCAGCCUAUUGAGUCCACUGGUCCCACUCACACAGAACUACCCUACGCCUUGACCUCUUUCUCCCCUCUCUCUCCAGAUGAAAUCCUGCAACUAGUGAGGUCUGGCCGCCCGACAACCUGCCCGCUCGACCCCAUCCCCUCCUUCCUUCUCCAGACCAUCUCUGGAGGCCUUCUCCCAUUCCUCACUUCCAUCAACUCAUCCGUGAGCACUCGCUGCGUCCCCUCUGACUUCAAAAUGUCGCUCCCCUCCUCAAGAAACCAACACUCGACUCAUCUGACGUCAAAAAACUAUAGACCUGUAACCCUUCUUUCUUUUCUUUCAAAAGCUUGAGUGUGCUGUCUCUGACCAACUCUCUUGUUAUCUCUCUCAGAAUAAUCUUCUUGACCCUAACCAGUCAGGCUUCAAGACGGGUCACUCAACCGAGACUGCUCUUCUUUGUAGCACAGAGGCUCUCCACACUGCCAAAGCUGACUCUCACCUCUGUUCUCAUCCUGCUAGAUCUAUCCUCUGCCUUCCACACUGUGAAUUAUCAGAUCCUCCUCUGCACCCUCUCAGGGCUGGGCGACUCAGGCUCUGCACACUCUUGGAUUGCAUUCUACCUGGCAGGCCGCUCCUACCAGGUGACAUGGAGAGGAUCUGUGUCUGCACCACGUACUCGUGUCCCCCAGGGCUCGGUUCUAGGCCCCUCCUUCUCUCGAUACACCAAGUCACUCAGCUCCAUUAUAUCCUCACAUGGUCUCUCCUAUCAUUGCUAUGUGUAUGACACUCAACUACCCCAACCUUCCCAAGUUCUCCCAUGUCACCCCGCUCCUCAGUUCACUCCACUGGCUUCCAGUCGAAGCUCGCAUCCACAAUGAGAACAUGGUGCUUGCCAAUGGAGCAGCAAGAGGAACUGCCAAUCCCUAUCUUCAGGCUAUGCUCAAACCCUACACCCCAACCUGAGCACUCCGUUCUGCCACCUUUGGUCUCUUGGCCCUGCCAUCCCUACGGGAGGGCAGCUCCUGCUAAGUCCUGACACCCCAAUGAUGGAACCAAAUUCCCCCUGAAGCUAGGACAGCAGAGUCCCUGCCCAUCUUCCGAAAGCACCUGAAACCACCCCCUCCUUUCUAGCUUUGACUUUGAUACACUUUUCCUCAAUAAAUUCAAUAUUUCCUAUGCCUGUGGACAUGUGGUUGGCCCACCUAGCAACUGUAACUUGCUCUGGAUAAGAGCGUCUGCUAAAUGACAUAAGGAAUCCAAGUCCAAAGCAUUUGAAAGGAUAUCAAAACCCUCUAGGCUCUCUCGCUCUCCUCUUUCUCCAUCUCCAUUUUCUUCUCCCUCUCUUGUUCUACAAUAUAAUAGGCUGCUCGGUUGUGCCAUUCGGCUAACAUUCUCCCAGAGAGUUGUAUGUCACAAAACUGCAUCUGUUUUUCCAGUUAAAAGCGAGUGUGGUGCUGUGCUGUUAAAUGGAUACUGGAGCACAAUCAUCAGAUCAUUUGCAGAUCAGCGAAUAGAGAGAAAGAGGGAGGGAAAGAAGGCGAGAGAGGGGGGGGAGAACAGGAGGGGAGGGGGAGAGAGAUUAUCGUUUAUGUUAUCACAGCUGUUGGGUAAAAUAUUAUUGUAACUAUUUGAUCCAUGCCUUGUGCAGAGAGCAUUAAUUCAUUGACCAUUUGAAACAAGGUUUCUCUCUCUUGAUUUUGCUAGCGCUCUCUCUCUCUCUCUCAACUCCUAUCAGACCCGAUAGUCCUUGGCUAAGCUAUAGCAGUUUCAGUGGUGUACAUGUGGUGCUGGGAGAUGCCAACAGUCUAUGGGAUACAUAACGGAUCAUCCACAACUGUAUACUGAAAAGUGACCCAGUUUAGCCCAAACAGAUAUAAUAUUUGACUAAAACAUAAUCAUUUCAAACCUUGCUUACAUGUGUAUACAAUCACGUCUCUCUAUUAUGUGUAGGAAUACUUGGGAACAGAUUUACAAAAUUAAAAUCACUUGGCACUGAUUUCCUGGUGUUUUUACAGUCUUAUGUCCAACAUUGAAGUGUGUAUGUACACUACCGUUCAAAAGUUUGGGGUCAUUUGAAAUUUCCUUGUUUUCCAUGAAAACAUACAUGAAAUGAGUUUGAAUAGGAAAUAUAGCAAAAUGCAUAGGAAAUGUAGUCAUUGACAAGGUUAGAAAUAAUGUCAAUGAAUCCUCCAUUUGCAGCAAUUACAGCCUUGCAGACCUUUGGCAUUCUAGUAGUCAAUUUGUUGAGGUAAUCUGAAGAGAUUUCACCCCAUGCUUCCUGAAGCACCUCCCACAAGUUGGAUUGGCUUGAUGGGCACUUCUUACGUACCAUACGGUCAAGCUGCUCCCACAACAGCUCAAUAGGGUUGAGAUCCGGUGACUGUGCUGGCCACUCCAUUAUAGACAGAAUACCAGCUGACUGCUUUUCCCUAAAUAGUUAUUGCAUAGUUUGGAGCUGUGCUUUGGGUCAUUGUCCUGUUGUAGGAGGAAAUUGGCUCCAAUCAAGCGCCGUCCACAGGGUAUGGUAUGGUGUUGCAAAAUGGAGUGAUAGCUUUCCUUCUUCAAGAUCCCUUUUACCCUGUACAAAUCUCCCACUUUACCACCACCAAAGCACCCCCAGACCAUCACAUUGCCUCCACCAUGCUUGACAGAUGGCAUCAAGCACUCCUCCAGCAUCUUUUCAUUUGGUCUGCAUCUCACAAAUGUUCUUAGUUGUGAUCCGAACACCUCAAACAUCGAUUUGUCUGUCCAUAACACUUUUUUCCUAUCUUCCUCUGUCCAGUGUCUGUGUUCUUUUGUCCAUCUUAAUCUUUUUUAUUUUUAUUGGGCAGUCUGAGAUAUGGAUUUUUCUUUGCCUAGAAGGUCAGCAUCCAGGAGUCGCCUCUUCACUGUUGACAUUGAGACUGGUGUUUUGCAGGUACUAUUUAAUGAAGCUGGCAGUUGAGGACCUGUGAGGCGUCUGUUUCUCAAACUAGACACUCUAAUGUAUUUGUCCUCCUGCUCAGUUGUGCACCGGGGCCUCCCACUCCUCUUUCUAUUCUGGUUAGCGCCAGUUUGCGCUGUUCUGUGAAGGGAGUAGUACACAGCGUUGUACGAGAUCUUCAGUUUCUUGGCAAUUUCUCGCAUGGAAUAGCCUUCAAUUCUCAGAACAAGAAUAGACUGAAACAAGAAUAGAAAGUUAUUUGUUUCUGGCCAUUUUGAGCCUGUAAUCGAACCCACAAUUGCUGAUGCUCCAGAUACUCAACUAGUCUCAAGAAGGCCAGUUGUAUUGCUUCCAAAUCCAAUCCCUUACUUUAACUUAAUGUGGACUCAUCAUUGCUGUCGUAUACAGUAUGAUUCCUCAACUGGUGUUCUUAGAGCAAGUGAAGAACUGCAGCUCUGGAACGUAUUCCUAUAGUCAAGGAAGAGACGGGUGUACUUACUAAUAUGAUGUUAGAUCUUGCCCUGAGAAACUGUGACUAUGAAAGUGCUCAUUACCUCUAUAUUGAACCAUCUGUAGGCUCUUUACCCACAGCUUUACUAUCAGACUUCCAGCUGCUUCUAUGCACUGAACAUAUUUUGUCUUACAAAAUGUAAUGUGUUAUAAAUUCCUUUUGUAGCAGAUGCAUCUGCCAUAUUGCAAGCAGGAGGCCACUUUAGACUGUUGAGAUGCACCCAUGCAUUUUCUCUUGGAUGUUUUACUAGAAUGGAAUCUAGUUUCAGAUUGAGUUUCAAAGUAAAGGCACAGUAAAUGAGCAGUUCCCGAAGUAGCCAGGCAAGUUUUUAUUGUUGAACCGUUUGUGAUUGGCUCAAAUGAAGCCUCUAUAACUGACUACCUCUGACUACUCUCUGGCUUGGGACUGAUGUAUUUUACUGUAUUUGAUUUAACAAGAACUACCGAGGCAGUGGCCAGUACAACUAAUCACUCACUAAUGGCAGCCUCCACAACUCAAUCUCCGCUAGCUAAACAUAAUUUCCUUCCGCAACCAGGCGAUAUGUGAUUGUGUACGUUAGCUCCCCCGCAUAUGUUGCACCCGUGUGUGUGUGUGUGUGUGUGUGUGUGUGUCACAUUAAGUUUUCAAGCUCAUUUGUCUUGUAAUGAGAUUGUCACAGCCGUGUAUGGUCCCCAGUUUGAAGUUGUAUGUGUGUGCAUGUGCGUGCGCAAGCACGAGCGUGUGCGAUUUCCCCAUGUUUUAAUCAGAUUGUGUUUUGGAUUGUGUUCAAGGACACCCCAACCCAGAACAUUUCCUGUGGGAGGAGUACUUAGAAGACAAUGGUUCCACGGCGGUUCCAAGCCAGGCUUUCUGUAUGGUAAGCAGUAAGCACUAGGCACAGAACAGCUGGCUAGCUAUGUAUCAGACAGCGCUGUGUUUGUGUGUGUGUGUGUGUGUCUGUGUGUCACGCGGCACCAUUGUUGUUCCCAGACUCUGCUGCAAUCUAACGGCUUCUUUAGUGUUUCAUAAUGAUUUCCUUUAUUGUCUAAAAAAACUCCUACAAACAAUUGAAAUUUAAGGCAGUUUAAUAACGGUUGUGGUUAGGUCCCUUUUCACAAUAAUGACACAAGAAAUGUUUUCCUCAGUUUGACAUCAGUUUGUCACUUUACCAGACCUGGGCCCGUAUCCACAAAGCAUCUCAGAAAAGGUCCUAGGAAACAUGUUUUAAGACUAAAAUAACUCCCAGCUCAGAGUAGGUUUUAUGAUGAUGUUAAGACACUACCCAGAUUAAGAGCCAGGAGUAAAAUCAACUCAUAAAAGUUAAUCUCUGCUGGUAAUCACAACAGUUUGAGGUACCGCAAAGGAAAGAUAGUGAUGAGGCUCAUUGACGUUGUUGCAAGAGAUGGGGAAUAACCAAUCGCGAUGAGGCAUCGCCAGCUGUGCAUGCUUCGGACAACCACGGUGAAUGUAACAUCAAAUGUUGCAAUGGUAAAACGAUUGAUAUAAUAUUCACCUGAUCACUUUGCCUACUCUUGGCAUGUUGGCAUGCGUAUGUUAUAAUUUUUUGGGACCAAUUCGGAUGCUUGUUAAAAGUGGAAUUUUUUUAUAAUUAUACUGUUAUCACCAAUUGUGCAAGUUCUCCCACUUAAAAAGAUGAGAGGCCUGUAAUUUUCAUCAUAGGUACACGUCAACUAUGACAGACAAAUUGAGAGAAAAAAAUUCAGAAAAUCACAUUGUAGGAUUUUUUAUAAAUUUAUUUGCAAAUUAUGGUGGAAAAUAAGUAUUUGGUCAAUAACAAAAGUUUCUCAAUAAUUUGUUAUAUACCCUUUGUUGGCAAUGACACAGGUCAAACAUUUUCUGUAAGUCUUCACAAGGUUUUCACACACUGUUGCUGGUAUUUUGGCCCAUUCCUCCAUGCAGAUCUCCUUUAGAGCAGUGAUGUUUUGGGGCUGUCGCUGGGCAACACAGACUUUCAACUCCCUCCAAAGAUUUUCUAUGGGGUUGAGAUCUGGAGACUGGCUAGGCCACUCCAGGACCUUGAAAUGCUUCUUACGAAGCCACUCCUUUGUUGCCCGGGCGGUGUGUUUGGGAUCAUUGUCAUGCUGAAAGACCCAGCCACGUUUCAUCUUCAAUGCCCUUGCUGAUGGAAGGUUUUCACUCAAAAUCUCACGAUACAUGGCCCCAUUCAUUCUUUCCUUUACACGGAUCAGUCGUCCUGGUCCCUUUGCAGUAAAACAGCCCCAAAGCAUGAUGUUUCCACCACCAUGCUUCACAGUAGGUAUGGUGUUCUUUGGAUGCAACUCAGCAUUCUUUGUCCUCCUUACCAAAAAGUUCUAUUUUGGUUUCAUCUGACCAUAUGACAUUCUCCCAAUCCUCUUCUGGAUCAUCCAAAUGCACUCUAGCAAACUUCAGACGGGCCUGGACAUGUACUGGCUUAAGCAGGGGGACACGUCUCGCACUGCAGGAUUUGAGUCCCUGGCGGCAUAGUGUGUUACUGAUGGUAGGCUUUGUUACUUUGGUCCCAGCUCUCUGCAGGUCAUUCACUAGGUCCCCCCGUGUGGUUCUGGGAGUUUUGCUCACCGUUCUUGUGAUCAUUUUGACCCCACAGGGUGAGAUCUUGCGUGGAGCCCCAGAUCGAGGGAGAUUAUCAGUGGUCUUGCAUGUCUUCCAUUUCCUAAUAAUUGCUCCCACAGUUGAUUUCUUCAAACCAAGCUGCUUACCUAUUGCAGAUUCAGUCUUCCCAGCCUGGUGCAGGUCUACAAUUUUGUUUCUGGUGUCCUUUGACAACUCUUUGGUCUUGGCCAUAGUGGAGUUUGGAGUGUGACUGUUUGAGGUUGUGGACAGGUGUCUUUUAUACUGAUAACAAGUUCAAACAGGUGCCAUUAAUACAGGUAACGAGUGGAGGACAGAGGAGCCUCUUAAAGAAGAAGUUACAGGUCUGUGAGAGCCAGAAAUCUUGCUUGUUUGUAGGUGACCAAAUACUUAUUUUCCACCAUAAUUUGCAAAUAAAUUCAUAAAAAAUCCUACAAUGUGAUUUUCUGGAUUUUUUUUCUCAAUUUGUCUGUCAUAGUUGACGUGUACCUAUGAUGAAAAUUACAGGCCUCUCUCAUUUUUUUUAAGUGGGAGAACUUGCACAAUUGGUGGCUGACUAAAUACUUUUUUCCCCCACUGUAUAUCAACACACUCGUCACUCCCAUUUAAUAACUCUACAUUUCUUUGGGACAGUUGGCAUCAAGUCACUUGCAGAUAAUGUUGCAUAAAACGUUUGAAAGGUCUAACAUUUUCAUCGAACACAAUCAAAGUUAACAUGGGCCCUAGAUGGCUUCAAUUGCCCAAUUUUAUAUUUUUUACCAACAUGAUGUUGCGCUCCAAAGGGAUAACUUGGAAUAACAUGAUUUAGGUUAAUUAAAUAAUACAAAUAUAAAUAUUAUUAUUUAUUAGCCUAUGUGGUUAUAAGUAUUUAGGCAUAUCAUGUGAUAAAGGGCUCAUGUGAAAUCAUUUUCAAAAGCGCAAGACAUACUGUUGCAUGUAGGUGUAGAUUGUUUAUGGAUUGAUCAUAUAGAAAUAUCAAAACAUUCUUCAACUCCAAAGCAAUUUUAUGUGGUGCAGGAACCACUGACUCACUGACUUUUUUUCUAUUAUCAAAACACCUGCACAACUCUUAACUGGUUAGGACAGCUCAUGAUGUGUCCUAAACAUCUGUUUACUUAGUCGGAGUCUUAUGACUAAAAUGCUUCAUGCAUAGCUUUUAUUUUUUACAUAUAAGAGUAGGAGUCAAAUGUCUCUAUUCUCAGUACUUACGACCAAUGUUCUACUCUGAGACGAUUAAUGGAUAUGGUCCCUGUCAUUCUCAUUCAGAAACACCCUGUGUCAAACUCACUGACUUCCUCUCUGCCCUAAAGAACUCCACUGUCAACUGCCUCUCCCCUGCAUGACAUCUGCACAGCUCCACACAAUUCCACACCCUCAAAUCUUCUCCUCUGGCUGAGUUUCUGGCUGACGGGGCCUGUCCUCACCUCUGCUCUCCUCCACUCUGCAUGCUCUGCUCUUUCUGUCUCUCUCGCUGUCUCCCCCCUCACUUCCUCCUUUCUCUUCCCCAUCACAGAGAGCUCCUCACAGUUUCCAGGUGAACAUGAAGCUGGAGGUGGUGGACAGGAGGAACCCCAUGCUGGUCCGUGUGGCUACUGUCUCAGACACUGAGGACUACAGGGUCAAGGUGAGGGGGAGGAAGGUGAAGAGGUGGGAUAAGAGAGGGGAUGAGAGAGAGAGAGAGAGAGGACAAAAUGAAAGGAUGAUUGCGGGGAUGAGAGGAGGUGAGGGGAUGAGAGGAGGGUAUGUGAAUAGAAGUGGGGGGGGGGGGUGUUAGUCAGGGUGAGGAGGCCUGCUGAGCUGGAAGCUCCUACACCACGGCUGUUUAGGACUCCAUGUCUGUGAAUGAGCAGGCUGGAGAGUCUGCAGAAGCCUCUUGUUGGUGCUGCUCUUGUUAAACCACUAACAAGCCUUGUACUGAGACUGAGUUUGUAUUGUGUGUGUGUCAGGGCACAUGCACUGUGUUUGUUUGUACUGCAUGCCCAUGCCCAUGCCUAUGUGUUUCCGCCUGAUGUAUGUAUUGGGUGUUUAUACAGUUGAUCAUUGACAGAGCAGAGUGCCUCAUUUCUCACCAUAUUUGUCCUAUCACGUCACGCUGCUCAGUCAGUCUAGCAGAGGAAUCCCCCGACGUGUCUCACAGUGUGAUUAAAUCCCCCUAGAGUCGGUUUCCGCGCCCCCUCAAUCCACCGCAUCCGCUGAUGUCACACUUCCGCAUCUGCGGUGAAAGGUGACAGAGCUAGAUUGAUGUUUGAGACAUCCCGAAAAUCGGUCUUCUCACAAAAUCAUCAGUAGUGUCCAAACGGUUUGGCCUACAAACUAUUAUGACCUAUGACCCCUCUGUGGAAAGAUGAGACGCUCACAAACAUGAUGGUGUUCUCCGUUUUGCUCUACGACAAAGUGUCUUGGGACUCAUCUUAAGUAGGUACAGCCGAUCUGCCAACUUCUGUCUGUAGCGUCCGAACAGUUUGGGCUGCACACUAAUAUGACCCCGCUGUGGAAAGGUGAGACUCUCAUGAACACCGACCUGUCGGUUGUUUUGCUCUAGGACGCCCACAGGCCUCACAUGACUCGUCUGAAGGUCCACCAGGUACCAGUUUUAAAAAAAUUAUGGAAGUAUAUAUGGAGACAGUUUAGUGGCAAGAAUAAGGGGUCAAAUACAUGUAAAGAAUCAUUUAACAAUUCUAAUCUUUCUCAUCUCUCUGACACUUCAGAACAAACAAUCUGUUGUUCAAUUUAGUAAAUAUGUUAUUCAUUGCGUUUCUAUGGGCUAAUAGCAGUAAGGCCAAAUACAAUUUUUCAUCAAAUGAUUUGUGUGUGUGUAUGUGUAUAUAUAUACACUUGAAGGGGUCUUAACAUUCCAAAUCUAAUAGCUAAAUGAUCCUUGUUAUGGCCUUCUUAAAACAAUUCCAUAUAGCUUAAUAGAACUCCCCUCUCCCCUGGCUUAGACAGGGCUUGGACUGUAGAGGGUUCAUGAUUAUGUGAUCAGACAGGCGCCAUUAACCCAUAGUGGAUUUAGCUUGGGUCAAAGCACUGCAUCGAUUCUCCCCCACCCAGACCCCAGUCAUCCGUCUUCACCAGAACCCUCUCGUCAUCCAUUAGUGCUACAUAAGACAUAUAAUGAUUUCUUUGUGUAGCUACUCUAUACACACACACACACACACACGGGUCAAGCCUGCUGGCUUCCCUGGAGGAACACUAUUGCACCACUGAACCAUGGUUAUGAGCUGCUGCUUGUCAGCUGACAAGUCGUCAUGAUUUUAAUAGAGUGGGAAACGGAAAUCUAAAAACACGGCAAGUUUUGAGAGGCAUCGGUCGAAGCAGCGGUGGUGUUUAGUAUAGAGUGGAGUUUGGUGGAAACUUUAAUAUUGCACCGAAAGCACCACUAUGAGAACACUUGCCAGCUGAUGAGGAAGAUGAAUUGAUUAGCAUGAUGUAUAAUUCAUGCAUCUUGAAAUAAGGAUGUGUAAUCAAGGCCCUACUUCAUAAACUUCAGUCUUAUCUAACUUUGCUGUUGAAGUAUAGACACCUGAGUUGCCUAACCCGUUCACAGGAUUGGUUAACUAGGUAAAAACCGACCGAGGUAAAUCUGCGUUUAGUUUUAAUGCACUGUAUUGCUGGAACAAAAUGUUUCAUCUUGAUGUUCUGGCAAUUUUAAAGUAUUGAUUGGGGACUUAUUUGUGGAGGAAUGUAACAGGCUGAUUUUGAUGUUUUGUGAUGCUUCCCAUUACUGUCUUUUUGAGAGCGAGACCGACCGACCGAUUUUUACUGAGUUACAGUUCAUAUAAGGAAAUCAGUCAAUUAAAGGCGCAGCCAUGGGAUUGCACAUAGGCUCACCCACUUGGGAGACUGGCCCACCAACUGGGGAGCAAGGCCCAGCCUAUCAGACUACAGACAGAAAAACAUUUUAUUGGCCUUUUAUUGUGCGCAGCACAAGGUGCACCUGUGUAAUGAUCACCGGUCAGGUGGAUGGUGUAUCUUGGCAAAGGAGAAAUGCUCACUAACAGGGAUGUAAACAAAUUUGUGCCCAAAAUUUAGAUAAAUAAGCUUUUUGUGCAUAUGGAAAAUGUCUGUGAUUUUUUUUUAUUUCAGCUCAUGAAACAUGGGACCAACACAUUACAUGUAGCAUUUAUAUUUCUGUUCAGUAUAGUUUGCAUAUAAUAUGUUUAUUUAUGUUGUAUAUACAGGGCACAUUUGUGAAAGAGACCUAGGUCUCAAUGUCUUCCCUGUUAAAAUAAAGGUUAAAUAAAACAAUCAGAUCUUACACACCGUGGCGGAUUGAUUAAUAUAAAAUGUUAUUAUUUAAUGUCAUGCAUCCCAUUGUACUUUCAAAGAGUCCUCUACUAGGAGUAGGUACAUUUAGAACAGAAUCAACUGUGGAUUCUGAACCAGCUCUAUAAUCAUUAAACUUGGUGUCAUAACAUUUUUGUUUACUACUGUCUGUUAAUAUUUCAAGUUUAUUCAAUACAAAUUACAUUUGACACAUGAUCACAGCAAACUUUAUGAAGAACAAUGAUAGACUAAUGUGGUUGUGUCUUGUUUCUCCCUCUCUCUCUCUCUCUCUCUCUCUGUAUCUCUCUCUCUCUCUCUGUAUCUCUCUCUCUCUCUCUCUGUAUCUCUCUCUGUAUCUCUCUCUGUAUCUCUCUCUAUAUAUAUAUCUCUCUGGAUCUCUCUCUCCGUAUCUCUCUCUCUCGCUCUCGCUCUCUCUCGCUCUCUCUGUAUCUCUCUCUGUCUCUGUAUCUCUCGCUCUCUGUAUCUCUCGCUCUCUAUCUCUAUCUCUCCCUCUCUCUGUAUCUCUCUCUCUCUCUCUGUGUAUCGCUCUCUCUCAGGGCCAGAUAGCACUGCAUUUUGCUUUGUGCUUUCCAAUAAGUAAUGUAAUUUUGUUUUGACUGUGUUGUAAUUUGGUUUAUUCUGAUUGAUUGGAUGUUCUGAUCCUGAUGCUUCAGUGUGUUAGUAGAACAGGUUUGUGAACUCAGCCCCAGGACCAGCUGGAUGAGGGGACUCUUUUCUUUGUUCAGUUCUUGAUAUUGCAGGGCUUGGUAAUGAUAUGAGAGGGGGUCACUGUAUUUUAGAUGUUUCCAAAACUGAAUUGCUACUUUUUGAGUUUGUAUUAUUAGUGGAUAUUGGCCUAAUUCUGCCCUGCAUGCAUUGUUUGUAGUUUUCCUCGGGACAUGUAGGAGAAUCUUACAGAACUCUGCAUGCAGGGUUUCAAUGGGGUGUUUGUCCCAUUGGAUGAAAUCUUGUUUUGCAAGUGGACUCCACAACUCGCUGCCAUGAAGUGCAAUUGGUUCAAUGACACAUUCAAUUAGUUUUAACCUAAUUUUAAUAGGGAUUUCAAUUUGAAUUAGUUUUUUUAACUCUCUCUCUCUGUUUCUCCCUCUCUUUCUGUAUCAAUCAGAUCCGUUUUGACGGCUGGCACGAGAAGUUUGACUUCUGGGUGGACUCUGACCUGCCGGACCUUCACCCUGUGGGCUGGUGUGCCCGAACAGGCCACACCCUGGAACCCCCCCUCUGUGAGUUCACAACCCCUUUGUGUGUGUGUGUGUGUGCGCACAUCUGCGAGUGUGCGCUCUUCGCUAACUGUUCCACCUCAACACUCUCACCUACACACAAACCAGUAGACUCCACUCUUCUCAAGGACCAUUCCAUACCCCAUUAUUUAUUCUGUCCCUUUCAGAGGUAAAUCUCACUGACGUUAGAGCACAGCUAUCUGUUAUAAUGGUGCAAAGUAUUUUCUAUGGCACAGGAAUUUGUACUGCGCUCUAAAUAUUCAGCACACCUAUAUACAGUGCAUUCGGAAAGUAUUCAGACCCCUUGACUUUUUCCACAUUUUGUUACAUUACAGCCUUAUUCUAAAAUGGAUUAAAUAAAUGUUUUUCUCAUCAAUACACCAUAAUGACAAAAGUGAAAACAGGUUUUUUGAAUUUUUUGCAAAUGCAUUAAAAAUAAAAAAAACGAUACCUUAUUUACGUAAGUAUUCAGACCCUUUGCUAUUACACUCGAAAUUGAGCUCAGGUGCAUCCUGUUUCCGUUAAUCAUCCGUGAGAGUCCACCUGUGGUAAAUUCAAUUGAUUGGACAUGAUUUGGAAAGGCACACACCUGUCUAGGUCCCACAGUUGACAGUGCAUGUGAGAGCAAAAACCAAGCAAUGAGGUCGAAUUGUCCGUAGAGCUCAGAGACAGGAUUGUGUCGAGACACAGCUCUGGGGAAGGGUACCAAAAAAGAAGUGGAGAAGAGCCUUGGUCAGGGAGGUGACCAAGAACCCGAUGGUCUCUCUGACAGAGCUCCAGAGACCCUCUGUGGAGAUGGGCGAACCUUCCAGAAGGACAACCAUCUCUGCAGCACUCCACCAAUCAGGCCUUUAUGGCAGAGUGGCCAGAUGGAAGCCACUCCUCAGUAAAAGGCACAUGACAGCCCGCUUGGAGUUUGCCAAAAGGCACCUAAAGGACUCUCAGACCGUGAAAAAGAAGAUUCUCUGGUCUGAUGAAACUAAAAUUGUUUUUCAGCAGCAGGGACUGGGAGACUAGUCAGGAUCGAGGGAAAGAUGAACGGAGCAAAGUACAGAGAGAUCCUUGAUGAAAACCUGCUCCAGAGCGCUCAGGACCUCAGAUUGGGGUGAAGGUUCAACUUCCAGCAGGACAACGACCCUAAGCACAAAGCCAAGACAAAGCAGGAGUGGCUUCAAGACAAGUCUCUGAAUGUCCUUGAUUGGCCCAGCCAGAGUCCAGACUUGAACCCGAUCAAACAUCUCUGGAGAGACCUGAAAAUAGCUGUGCAGCGACACUCCCAAUUCAACCUGACAGAGCUUGAGAGAAUCUGCAGAGAAGAAUGGGAGUAACUCCCCAAAUACAGGUGUACCAAGCUUGUAGUGUCAUACCCAAGAAGACUCAAGGCUGUAAUCGCUACCAAAGGCGCUUCAACAAAGUACUGAGUAAAGGGUCUGAAUACUUAUGUAAAUGUGAUAUUUCAUUUUAUUAAUUUGUUUAAUUUCCAAACCUUUAUAAAAACGUGUUUUUGCUUUGUCGUUAUGGGUUAUUGUGUGUAGAUUGAUGAGGGGAAAAAAACUAUUGUCCAUUUUUGAAUAAGGCUAUAACGUAACAACAUUUGGAGAAUGUCAAGGGUUCUGAAUACUUUCCGAUUGCACUGUAGCCAAUAGCAUGUACAGCCCAAAAACAAACUUUAAUUCAUGUCGAAGUAGUCCGUUGUGAUUGACAGGUUGGCACAGUGCACUAAAUCAAUAAAUUUAUUUUUGUCUGCACAGAUUCAUCUCUUGACCUUCCAAUGCCAUCUGUUUUUAUUUUUCGAUGUUGGCCGUGAUUUUUUUUUCUUGAUGUUUUACCGCUGACAACUGUUUUUAGGGGUACAAUAUAAAUGGCUGCAACGGAAAAUAAGUCUAAUCUUAUUCCAAGUGGAGGACUCGUCUCCUUCAGAGACUGUAACAAAUCUCUUAAAUUCCCCCUUUUGGUAAACACAUUUGGGACGACCCAUGAAAUGUGUCUGUGUGUGCAUGUGGGUGCGAAAUAAAUAGUUGUAUCUUGGCACCGGCAAUACAGGCCAUAAACCUGACUUGAAUAUCAUAGAUCUUAUUUGGUUUGUCUUAGAAGUUUGGCGGGUGAUGUAUUAUGGCAAGAGACAUUUUUGAUGUCUCUCUCUAGAGUUCUUAAUCUCUUCAUUUUGGAAAUCUACCACCAUAAGCAGAGCCAUAAGGGCUAUUUGUCUACCCUGACACACGAAUUACGUAUUGACCUACCCCAGUUAAAGGCCUUUUCCUUUCAUUGUAACUCCAUUUUAGUACUCAUCACACAUGGGUUAGGUGUAUAUAUGUAUACCACUGACUGCAGUUGCUGACCAAAGUUAACCUACUACUUGCCUACUGGCUAAAUCAAUCAAUGAAAAAUGUAUCAAUCCAAGAUCAAUGAUAUAAAUAAUUAUGGGAAAAUAAAUUAUGGGCAGAAAAACUCAUCUUUCAUUGAAUCAGUUGGCUUAUUCAUCACAAAACCAUUUGUUGCAAAUUAUUUUAAUGAUUACUUCAUUGGUAAAAUGGGCAAACCUCGGCAGUAUAUGCCAACAACGAACAGUGAGCCAUCGUAUUCAUGCAUAAAAAAACAAAUAAUGAAAGAAAAGCAUUGUAAGUUAGAAUUUUGUAAAGUUUGUUUUGUUUUUGUCCACAUGCAGCACAUGCAGGACCUUCUGACCUUAAGAGCUCUGUGACCCAGGGAGUGUGCCCCACUCCGGGCUGCAGGGGCAUGGGCCACAUCAAAGGGGCCAAAUACACAGGACACCACAGGUAAGACAACCGUUGAUGACAACACUGUCUGACACUAUGGCCCGGUCCAGUAACGUGUGUGUGUGUGUGUGUGUGUGUGUGUGUGUGUGUGUGUGUAUAUAUAUGUAAAAGUAGUGCACUAGUCCUGUAUUAGCAGACCGAUAUACCCAUCUGUAACGCGAGCAAAAAAUGAUCCCCCCCCCCCCCCCAGCACCCCCACCCCCAAACAUCUUCCUGUGGCCUAAGUGUUGAAUAAAAAGUGCCCUGUCAACGCUCUCAUAAAAACAGCAGCUCUUUGCUGUAUUCAUUGACAGUCUGUCUCUAGUCAUGGUUUUUAAAAGUUUAGAAAUCUCACUGUAUCAACUUUGCUGUAGCUUUUAUUUACACCAGCUACGUUACUGCAGACAAAUCUGAGCAUUCCGAUUGGCUAGCGGUAGCCCUAUAUUGCACUUGAUUUGCUCUCUGGGUCCGCCAGGAAGGCGGGUUUGUACCUUCAGACCAAUUAAAUGGUUCAGAAUGGGAACAAUUCACAUACGUGGCGUGCAGGGCAGCUGAUUCGGGUGCACCUACCGCCAACAGUACGAGAUGAAUAAAAUAAAAAUGGGAACGUUGUUGUUUUUUUCAGAAAUGUGCGAUCAACCGGUUGGUUGGUGACCACUGGCCUAGAUUAAAAAUAGCAUUAUUACAAUCUUUUUUUCACUGGCCCAAGCUGCCCACUGACUGGGAUGAUUGACUGGCCCGGAGGGUUUCCAAAACCUCUCCUGUAUGUUGAGCCCUGACACACUCAGACAGGGGCAUUCCCAUGCCUUUGUUGCCUCUUCGGAAAGUCGGUUUAUUUUGGUUAAUUGCACAUUACUCUUUUAAAUAAAUCAUGACGAUAAAAAAAAAAAAGUAAUUGUGAACCAAUAACUAACGUGACCAGAUAAAACAUAUUUUCAUUGGCACCCUUGCGACCAAUUAAAAAAUGUGUUGCUCUGCCAAGUCAAACGGUCGCAAAUGUGACCAUUCUGGUCGCAGUAUCGAACUCCGGAUAGGCUUGGAAGGACGUUCAGCAUAUUGCUUUAUACUUAUCAAAUCCAUUCUGGUAGUAGCUAAGGAUGGUUUGUGCCAGACCUAUGCCCAGCUUGGCUUUUCUGAUAGAAUGUCACCAUUGUUUAGGGGCGUCAUUAUUUUUGCUCAAUUUGCUGUUUGUUCCAUUGAGAUCCAGAUUAGAAAGGGCUAAUACCUCCAUGUGAAGGUAUUAUCCACCAGCAGCUGGCGUUGGCAAGGUGGGAUGUGGACGACCAUUGUCAUUGGGUAAUAGAUAAGCUGAUGUAAAUGCAGCGUUGCAUGGCCGAACGGUAGCGCUAGGCUAGCUGACUUGGACUGCUCUAUGGGAGGGAGUGAGGGCUGCAGCCAGCUGGGCCCUAAGCAUUUAAUCCAGGGGAGCCAGAGGUUGGAGGAGUGCCUCCACAAAGGGGAGGAUGGAGGAGAAGCACUCCUGGCCAGAGUUCACUCACAGAGCUCACACACCAGCGAGUGAGCAGCCUGGAAAAAAGCCAACCCUGUAGCCUUCUCUCUCUCUCUCUCUCUGUCUCUCUCUGAGCAUCUGUCUGUCUGAGCAUCUGUCUGAGGAUUCAACUCUCCACUUCUCUGUCUCUGUCUCUCCCUCCCCCUGAGCAUCUGCCUGAGGAUUCAACUCUCCACCUCUCUCCCUCUCCCUCCCCCUGAGGAUUCAACUCACCCUCUGCUAUUUUUGCUAUCUCUGCUACCCUCUGCUAUCUUUCAAGGAUGUAAUCAACGCUGAAUGUAAUGAGAGUAGACCGUGCAUAUUUUUCUCUCCCGCCCAUCUCCUCUAGCCACAGUGGGAUCCUCCUGAAAGACCAAUGUUCUCUCCCGCCCAUCUCCUCUAGCCACAGUGGGAUCCUCCUGAAAGACCAAUGAUUACAAUGGCUCCUGACCAACUCCUCAUCUGCAGUACCAUUCUACGUAUAAAACCCUGCUGCUGCAGAAAAAAAGAAAUCCACCACGUUGUAGAAACCCAACCUCCUUAGCAACUCAUUUGAAUCCCAUAUGCAUGAAUUAACAUGAACUCAGAACUUCAGCUUUAUGAGUAGCAUUUGUGGCUAGAAAUGUCAUCACUUCUUUUGUUAUGACAGACUUAAAUAUGUCUCUCUCUGAAAGGUGUCCUUUAAGAUCUUUGUGUAGUUUUCUCCCUAUUGACUUUGUUAAAAAGGUAAACACGACACUCACUAACUCACUCACACACACACACAACUGUAUUCAGUCAUUUCUGUAGUACAUAUAAAAAAAACGGAAAGCUACUGUAUUUAAUACCCCAGCACGGCAUUAUGCUCCAGCAGCCUCAAUAUAUUAUUUUUAAUUCCAGAGCCGUUAUUGGUGACGAGGUAAUGUUAUCCUGGUGUGAAGUUUGGUAUUAGCUUGGAGAUUUCGUGAUGAGAUAGCCGGAGUUCAUCUACUGCUCGAGCGAGCAUUAUGCAAUCUCAUUACCCCACGUGAAUAUUUAUAAAACUGUGCAUUUACUUGGAAGAAAAAAAAAAGAAAAGAAAACGUGUAUGCCUUUUAGCAUUUUUAUACAUUAUAUUGGUUCUUUAACAUUUUGACCUUAAAGUGUCAGCUCAUGAGGUCGCACAAAGACUAGUCAUGUUGAAUUCCAUUGAGAUCACAUUGAGAUAACAUGUGAAUGGAAAGGGCCCACUUCGGCUCUUUCCUGAACUUCAGAACAAUCCAGCACGACCCUUUCCUCAAAUUGAUCUUAUCUCUUAUCUGCAGUGGAGGAAAGGACAUCGAGUGCGGUGACAGACCCCUCUCUGAACACAGUCAUUUUAGCUUCUCAACGCUCACUACUGCUGCUGCACUCUAUUUCUGAGCUCCUCCUGCUUCAGUCGCCAGUAGUUCUGCUGUCCCAUCAUGCAUCAUUCCAUUUUAAUGAACACGAGCGUUGUGGAUUUCCACAGCGGGCGUCAACAUAAAUUGUCUCGUCCCGGGCUUAAAGUCUCCAGUCUGCUGAAGGAUCAGUUCCAAUACCCUUAUCAAAAAUUUACAUAACUAUAUGUUUCUCCUUGGUCCGCGCUACGGUUUAGUUGGUCCCAAGGCAGUUAGAGGGGGAGAGUGUGUGUGUGUGAAGUCGAUUUAUGGCAUCAGAUGCAGGUGUGUGUGAGGGGAACACAUUGUGGUAGCAGCUCAGCAGUAAACACAUAAUAACUUGAUUAAUUACUGUAUCUGUGAGGUACGUAAAUAACAAAAACAGAUUUGGCCGUUGUGUGUCUUUCUCUGUCCAACACGGCUGGAUUUACCUCAGUGUCCUUCCAACAGAGCUCUCUCUCUCUCUCUGUGGCUCUUAAGUCUUCUUAUCUACUCCUGUUUCCAGUGGAAUUCGUUAAAUUCAGGGCCAGACUUAAGAUGCGUAGAGGGAGCUGGGCUUAUGGACUGUGAUGGAGCGUGAAGGCUGUGUGAUGGUGUUAGAGGAACCUCUUCUUUGUCUUCUUCCUAGCUGUGUCUACCAGUGUUUCCUCUACCAUUUAUAGGCGGGUACGCCCCCCCCCCAGUUAGCUCUGUUGGCCCCCAGCUGACAGAGUUUGGCCACUUAGUUGACAGUUCUUGCCUGGAUGUUGCUUUGGGGGUGCCCAGCCUUGAAAGUAAUCAUGGGGGAAACAUGUAUAACAAACUAGAGUGGUUGGCCCUCAACCCAGUGACUUGCUUCAGUUGCUUGCUGUGACACUUAUGGUGACCCCCUCCUCCACUCGUUGCUGUAUUUUGUCGGUCAUGGUUGGCCAGCUUUGCAGCCAGCAGAAUGUGAGAGUUGUCAACUGUAUCUGUAAAUCUGUACUCUCCCACUGUUAGCCAAGGCCUUAAAGGGAUACUUUAGGAUUUUGGCAAUGAGGCCCCUUAUCUACUUCCCUAGAGUCAGAUGAACUCGUGGAUGCCAUUUUUAUGUCUCUGCAUGCAGUUUGAAGGAGGUUGUUAACUAGCACUAGCGCUAUUGCUAGCAGAUACCAUAGACCAGGGUUCUUCAAUUCCGGUCCUGGAGGGCCGAAACACCUCUGUUUUUCAUCCUCUCCUUCUAAUCAGGGGCUAAUUCAGACCUGGGACACCAGGUGAGUGCAAUUAACUACCAGGUAGAAAUAAAAAACAGAAGUGUUUCGGCCCUCCAGGACCGGAAUUGAAGAACCCUGCCAUAGACUUUCAGUCAUUGUGCUAACGCUAGUUAGCAUUGGCUCGCAAAACUACCUCUAACUUCCAUCAUACUGGACGCAGAGACAUAAAAAUGGUACCCACGAGUUCAUCUGGCUCUGGGGAGUUACAGCCUCAACUUGAAAGAAGUGGAGUCAGCUAAUUCUGCAGAUGGGGCUGCGGGUCCCCUCAAGCCUGUGUGGAAAGGUAACAGUGUACUACACAUCCUUGUAUUAUUAAGGGCAGUGAAUUUGAGGUAUUACUAAAUCUUUCAUCACCAAUGUUCUCUUAGUCAGUCACGGGGUGUGUGUGUACCUGUGUGUCUAAGUGCGUACCUGCAUUAUUUUGUGUUUGUGCGUACUUGUGUGUGAGUGAGUGUUUUACGAGAACAGCGUCCCCUUUCCAGGCAGCCAGCCAGCUGGAGUUCCAUCCCCAGAUGUGAAUAAGUUAAGUCCCAAAAAAUAAAGUGACACAGCAUCAAGCUAAUUAGUCACAGCACCCUCAGGGUGGCCUUUCCAAAAAUCCAAAGGCAUUAGACAAAUGUCAAUGGAAAAAAAUGGGGUUUCUCUGUCUGUCUCUCUGUCUCUGUCUCUGUCUCUCUCUCUCUGUCUCUCUGUCUCUGUCUCUGUCUCUCUGUCUCUGUCUCUGUCUCUCUCUCUCUGUCUCUGUCUCUCGCUGUCUGUCUGUCUCUGUCUCUCGCUCUGUCUCUCUCUGUCUCUCUGUCUCUCUCUCUGUGUCUCUGUCUCUCGCUCUGUCUCUCUCGCUCUCUGUCUCUCGGUCUCGCUUUCUUUCACUCCAUUUCAUACUUCAUUUGCUGCAUUCUCUAAUUUCUUCAUCCCAUUUGUUGGCCUCUUCAUUGUGGUUUGUCUUGUUUAUGUCGUCUUGUUGUUGCCGUGAGUCACGGUCCAAAGUGGAAUUCGUUAAACUGAACCAAAAGAUGCAUGAGCGGGGGAGGGAAGGAGAGGAGUUGAAUCCUCAGACAGACGGAGAGAGCUAGCCUCUGAAUUUCUAAAGCAGUGAUUUUCUGCAGAAAAGGUGCUCUGGCUCAGCAAAGCCUAGAGAUGCAUAUAAUUAAAUACUUUGAGCAGCCACACAAUAGCAAUGUGUCUCUACUCUUUACUGUUUCUGGUUGGCCUGGACCUCAGCACCACACGCUGAGCAGUUUUUACACUGGCUUUCUCCACAUGGUCAUUUUGAAGGGCUGGUUUGACUAAUACGCUGUGACAGGCCAGGCCAAAUGAACCCUCACACACAAACAUGUCCUGCUGCUGCAUCCUGGGCUGGCCGGCUGAGAAGGGCUUUUAAAGUAUCGACAGGCUUGAGGCCCUUUCUUUUCUCCCUCUUUAUCUUCCUGGCUCAGUCUUUCUGUCUACUUUUCUCUCUCUCACUGUCACUCUCUCUCACUGUCACUCUCUCUCACACUGUCUCUCUCUCUCACUGUCUCUCUCACACUGUCUCUCUCUCUCACACUGUCUCUCUCUCUCUUUCUCACACUGUUUCUCUCUCUCACUCACUCCUCCCUUCUUAUUUUUCUCCUCUCCACAGUGCCUUCGGCUGUCCCUACUCUGACAUCAACAUGAAGAAGGAGGUCGUGCUGCCUGACCGGCUGGGUGGCGAGAAGCAGAUCACCUUUGUCCCUGUACACUUUGUCCAGAAGACCAAGAGGCUGUGCACCGCCGACGACCAGGAGCAAGCCACGCCACCUCGGGAUGUUCCCAUGGAGACCAGGUGAGGGGGUGUGAUGUCAUUGUGAUGAUGUGUCAAGAUGGCCAGCUGGCCCUGUUUGAAAAUGGUUAAAAUGCUUCCUUCCAUCCUCACUAAUCUAGCAUGAUAGGAUAGGUGAAAGCAACAGUUCCACUUCAUAGCUUUCACCCAUUCAGACAUGUCAGAUAUAAGUGAUGACUUCAAGGAGUGGAGGAAGAAAGGAUGCAUUUUCGAAGUCUUUAAACACUGUGUCAGUGUCGCCACCCAACUGAGAUUUCUAAUUGAAACUGCCUACAGCCUUGGAAGGAGAGGAGACUUGGCUAAAUGUAAUCCAAUGUUUCAUGUUCCACUGAGGGGACCUGAUACUGUUCUAAACUAGCAAAAUAACAGCUGUCGUGACAUUUUUAAGGCUUUAUCUAAAAGGCAUAACGGAGGACUGCACGCCACUCUCUGCAAAUUCCAAGGUUAGAAUGUUUCCAUCAAGCGAUGGAGACGAGGCAGAUCACGUUUUGUUGGCUUCUCUGACGUUUAAGAAGUUUAAGGGCGGUGAAUUGCAUUUUUCCACAGUGUCCACAGCAGAUACAUAAGCGUUUAGUAUCAGAAGCGUUUGGUUAAACGCCGACUCAGCACCGCUGAUCAGCUUAGUUUACACGCUGCUCAGAGGGAUUUUCUGCAAUUGCAUUGGGUCUGCUCCAUUUAUCUAGGCCUGGUCGGGCUGUGGAUGGCUAGCCCGCCAGAGUUUACAGUAGGAAACUUGUCAAGUUUAAAGCCGAGCGGGAACGGUUUUAAUAUAAAACAAACACGAUUUAUCAACUCCGCUUUUUUAAAUUCCCGUCAGAGGCGUCUUUAAUGUGUCAGAUGUAAUGUCAGAUUUGAAAUUUCACAUGUUGGGCUGUUUAGAGAAGCUAAUUAAAUUGAUGCUGUGUUUGUGAUAUGAUUUUGAAUGGUGUCAAGUUGUGGUACCUGCCAAAGACUCUCUUUAAGAGUAGACUUGUGGUUACUCAUGAGGAUGUACUGAAGAUGUUACGUUCAAGGUCAGCAUUUGCUUUAUUGAUUCAUCAAUCAUUUACAGUACAUGAAAAUGUUUCCUUAAAAUGUUUUAUAUUUUGAUCUGGUCGUAUAGUACAAAAGCAAGACCAUUUGAACUCCUGCACGCGUCUCUCAGUAUGGACUACGGAGGCAUCUACCUGUUGAGGGUGUCUAGCCACUAGUCUUACAGCAUCCAAAAACAGUUCUGUGUUAUUAUUCCACUGUAGUACUGAUAAAAACAUUUGUUCAUGCUAUGGCAACACUGUAACGUGUGGUUGUAUCCAGUUGAGCCCAUAUUCGUGUCUUUUAGCAGAGAGUGUCCUCACCUGAACUUCAUGCCACCUGUUAAACACACAUUUGAUCUUUAAAUAAUUCAAAUCAACUAUAUGUAGACGUCCCACAUCUCCUCUAAGGCUAUUUCCAGUCCCUGUUGAUUUUCUGACCGCCUGCCUGUCUGUGUAGCUGUCUUUCUAAUGUUCAUCCUCCUGUUCUCUUUUCCGUCUCUGUUCACUGCCCUUUCGCUCUCUCUCCAUCUCUCACUAUAACCUCUCCCUUUUUUAUCCUCUUUAUCUCUCCCCCUGCCCACACACCCUCUCUAUCUCUCUCUCCCCUCUCUCGCUCUCUCUCUCUCAGGGCAACGCUGUCGGGUUACGAGGGGGCUGCUCGUCUCAGAGGUCGUCCCCCAGCCAACCCC